CGCGAUGCGCUCCGAUCUGUCCGACGACAAGCACAGUGUGCAGUUGGCCGCGGCCGAAAUCGCCGAAUCGUCCGACACGAGCGGUUUCUACGAGCUUGCCUCGAACGGUUCCACGAACGGUAUCAUCAAUGGAAGUGGACACCAUACGCAUCAGCAUCACCAUCAGCACCAUCCGCAUCAUCCGCACCAGCAUCCUCAUCAUCAGCAGCAGCAUCACCAGCAUCACCAACAUCACAACAGUCAGCAUCAUCAUCAUGCUGGCCAUGCCCAGCAUCAGCAUGAGCUGCAGCAGGAUAAGAAUGCAAAUCUGCUGCAACAAAGUGAAACCCUCACGACCACUGCGGCCGGUGGUGUUACGCUGAGGGCUACCGCACGACCGAAAAGGGCCACCAGACGCAUGCAAAUGGAAGCCACCAUCGACCCGGACAUGACGGACUCAAGCUCGCAAAGUGAUGAUACGAGCUGCGGAAGCAGCCGUACCGGUAGCCGGGGCAGUAACGGUGGCCGCUCGGGUCAGGGAGCGGCCGGUAAUGGGAGCAGCAGCAGUGCAGCUCGACGCCGCAAAGGAGCCAUGAACGCGAAGGAACGGAACUUACGGCGAUUGGAGUCGAAUGAACGCGAACGAAUGCGAAUGCACAGCUUAAACGAUGCGUUUCAGUCACUGCGAGAAGUCAUUCCGCACGUCAAAAAGGAACGACGACUUUCGAAGAUCGAGACGCUUACACUGGCAAAGAACUAUAUCACCGCGCUGACUGAUGUUAUAAUAGUGAUGCGUGGUGAAGGUGAGGCGGCAGCUGCCGCCAAUGCUGGACUUCCGCUGCACGGUAGCGCCACGCUGCCUGCCAUUACCGAUGUCGGUACGGUGGCCAGUACGCUUGCGAUGCAGAGCAACUGUCUCGCGGCGAUUCAAAGCAAAGCGCAGCCGGAAGUUGUCGGUCCGUGUCAUGCAUCCGAUGUGGAUCCGAUUUCCACCUCGCUCGACAUUAUAUCCGCAACCGUUGGUAGCGCACUCGACUGCCACGAGCGUGUCCUGCAGCAUCAUCUCACGCUUCAGCAUCAUCCGCAGCUUCCUCAGCAUCACCAUCAUCAGCAGCAGCAGGUGCAGGAUGGUAGCAGCAGUAGCACCAGCAGCAAUGGCAGCUCCACCAGCACCAGCAGUAGCAGCAACAGCACCACCAGCAACAACACCAGCAACCACAGCAGUAAUGGUAGCAGCGCCAGCAUUAGCAACACCACCGGCAGUAUCAUAGACGUGUCCGGUGUGGCGACGUCAAACGGUCACCAUCAGCACCACGGUAGCAUAAACAACAAUCACCUUAAUACCCACCAUUUCAAUAACAAUAGCGCUAGCAGUAUAGAUAUCGAAAACAGCUUCUACGAGGAUCCAUUUCAAAUGAUGUAA